AUGCGCUGCACAGCCCACUUUUUGACUCUCUUCGCCGCCACAGCGCGCGCCUCCGCCAAGACCAUCUGGGCCACGCCUCAUGAGAGCUACUCGUCCUCCGUUGGCGUACUAGGUUGCAAAGUCGACACAAAUCGCAUCGCUUACUGGCCGUCUUCCGUGGACUGCAACAAGAUCUGCGUGUCGCUUAGCUAUGAUGGGAGGACGGUUCAUCUCCUGCGUAUCGACCAGUCCGAAGGCGCUCACGACGUGAGUUAUGAUGCCUGGAAUUACCUCGUCACAGGUUACUCAGCCACCGAGCGUCCCACCACCGGUGGCGCCGUCGCCAUGGAGUACGAAGACGCCGACCCGUCCGCUUGCGCCGAUCUGAUUCACACCGACGGCAACAAGCUACCCCUGAGCGCAUCCAACAGCAUGAACUACCUUGCCAGCUGCCUGUCGAAAGAUACGUGGGUUGGCAAGAACCAUCUCCUUUACAAUAUCCUUGACCCCAUCUGCUCCUGGGGCACCGACGAGCUCUGCACUCUCGAUUGGCCGACUGCCAAUCAACCCGCCUGCCCCAGCCAACUGGGCACCCCUACGGCAUUAGAGAACGACCCGGUGUACAACAUCCAGUACAUGACCGGGAACAAAGUCAUGGCAUCCAAUGGCCAAGUUGUCGCUAGCGGAGGAACGGCGAUCACGGUGGAUUUGGGUCAGAAGUCUGGGGGGCGCAUUGCGAGGGGGGAUGCGGUGGUUGUCUUAGCGAUGAGUCUGACAUAUUGGCUUAUAUGGGGUGUCUGA